AUGUGUUCCGCAUACCGGGUUGCACGUGGAUUGGCCUGUCGGGAUACAAUUCCCGCCAUGGCCAUCGUAUUCAUCCUGUCCACGUUGGUGCGCACGGCCUGUGGCACCAACUACCGGAUAGAUUUGAAGUCCACCGGAUCGGUUGUUCUUGGACUGAACAUGACGAUUCAAUUCAGUGCUGUUCUGUACACGGAUGAGGCACUGGUUAAUGAUGAUUACGUCGUCGACUGGUCGGACAAUACUUAUCCGCAGCAUACGCUAGAAGGUCUUACCUCGAAAACACCGCGCUUCAAUUGGACGGUUAUGUACGCACAUCCAGUAAAGCCCGGCACGUAUCAGGCAACGAUCAGGGUGAAGAAAACGUUUGUCGUGAUCCCGUACGAGCUUGCCCAUGCAUCGAUUACGUUUAACCUAACCAGUAUGCUCAAUGGAGAAUUACAGCUGAUACAGAACGACACCGUAAUCAACAGUACGUAUGUGUCGAGUACGGUGCCGGUCAAUCAAACGAUUGCACUUUCCGAAAGCGACCAGCGAGCCCUGGCAAAGGCGGCAUAUGUGCAAACGUUUUGGUUCAUUAAUUGCCAGUAUAUAGGCACCUCGGACGAGCUGUCGACGUUGAGCAAUUUCACACAGGAGAAUAAUACCUACUCUAUAGAAGCUCUGGUCGUGGCAUCCUUUGAAAAGCUUCCAGAACCAACAACGACAACCACGACUACAACGACUACAACAACCACCACGACAACCACUACAACAACCACAACGACGACCCCGGCCACAACUACAACGAGCUCCACGACGACGACCACACCCACACCUCCAACGACAACAUCCACAACACCUUCCACUACAACCAGCACUACGCCAAAGCCAACCACGAAGCCACCACCGAGUACUGAUAUUUCAGCAUUAACCCAUUCCACUGAGUCAAGAAAUAAGCGAGCUGCAAACAUGGAAAAGCUACCGGGAUCAGGCCAGAAGGUAGACGUUCUUGAAUCUGUCAGUCCUGUUCUAUUGAACCUCACCGAUCGAGCUAAUAUUAUCCUACCUGAUGUAUCGAAGGAAACGUUUGUGGAAGGGUCCCCCAACGAGGAACCAUUCGUGCGCAUUGCAAAGAAAUCGGACCGAUUCUAUAACCUGCAGGAUGCACAUCAACCGUACGUAUGUGACAACAGCUCGAUGGUUGCACCCGAUCCGAAAAAGGUGUAUGGAUACUUUCAGCGAACCUUUACUGUGCAGCAUCCGAUUGCCAAGUUUAACGUUUCCGGUCAGCAGUGGGUGAAGCAAGGCCAGCCUGUUGAUCUUGUGUUCCAGUGCAGCGGAACGCCACCGUUCGAGUUUUGCUACAAUUUAAAUCAUGGUCAGCACAACAUGACUAGCAAUGAAACGUGUAACAACGAAUGGGAACCGUCCCGUACGGGCGAAUGUCGUUACAAGAUACAUCGCUUCUUUUUUACCAACGAUCAAUACUCGAUCGUGAUUUUCGUUCGAAACCGGGUAUCGAACUACUUUACCCAGAUCGGCAUUCAGUUUUACGAAAAUCAACAAAAGUCCCAGCUGUCGGUGAUAAUCGUGCCCAUCGGGUUCGGUCUGCUAGCCGUGCUUAUUGUAGUAUAUGGAAUGGCAUACUACAUUCAAAACCGGGACCGCUUCAUCGUUGAAGUCGCCGACUUUAACUUUGGGGACACCAGCUCGCUGGACGACGACAUGGAGUACAAAACGUUCCAUCAACGGUUAGUGGACAGUUUGCGCGAUUCGGUUAGAAUACCGCGUUUCAACUUUCGGCGUUCCAGUGCUCACGACGUAGACGAUGUUUCGCCAUCAUCCGGUGCGGCCGGUGAAUCUUCGCUGCGGUACGGUUCUAUGACCUAG